AUGUCAGAGUCUGGGCCGUCUGCCCCAAAAAUUAAAAAGAAAGCCAAGGGUCAGCGAUAUAGGGCUGAAUAUUCAAUAGAAUACCCAUGCCUUAUAAAGUCAACAAAGGAAAAUUGCGUGUUUUGCACAUACUGCAAUCAAGAUGUAAGUGUUUUGCACGGAGGUCGGGACGACUGUAAAAGGCAUGUCGAAUCCAAAAAGCAUGAGAGCAAUGCAAAUCUCCAAAAUAACAACUCGAAGCUUUCAUCUUUUUUUGAAAAGAGAGUAUCUCCAAUGGAACUCCAAGUCACAAAUGCGGAAAUGUUAUUUACAAAAUUUAUUAUAGAACAUAACGUCCCAAUUGCCGUCAGUGAUCACGCAGGACCUUUAUUCAGGAAAAUGUUUCCUGACACUGAAAUUGCUAAAAAGUAUGGUUGUGCAAGAACCAAAACGUCUGCAAUAAUUGACAAUCUCUCAAGAGACAAAAUUGAAACUAUUGUGGAAACACUUCAAAAAACCUUUUUUGCAUGUGCUACAGAUGGCAGUAAUGAUGUCAACACACAACUAUAUCCCAUAGUAGUUCGUUAUUAUAAUAAAGAAAUUGAUCAGAUAAUGACUGCUUUGUUAUCAAUGCCAAGUUGUAAUGAAAGUUGUACUGGGGAAAAUAUUUUCAACUUGCUCAAUCGGGAGUUUGUGAAAUACAACAUACCAUGGGAAAAUUGUGUUUCAUUUGGUUGUGAUAAUGCGUCAGUGAUGACUGGAAAGCACAAGGGUGUUGCUAAAUUUGUAGCCGAUCAGAAUGAAAAUAUCUAUAUAAGUGGUUGUCCUUGUCAUCUUGUACAUAUCGCUGCACAGAAAGCAGCUCAGAAAAUACCAAUAAAAUUUGAAGAUUUGCUUGUUGAUAUUUACUAUUAUUUAGAUAAAAGUUCUAAGCGUAAUUUAGAAUUAAAAAACUGUCAACUGAUGUGUGAAAUAAAAACCCACAAAAUCUUAAAACAUGUUGCUACAAGAUGGCUUUCAUUGGGCAAAUGUUUAGAAAGACUUCUUGAGCAGUGGGAUGCACUGAAAAUGUUUUUUGAACAAGAGUAUGAGAUCGAAAAGAAAAAAAAGGAAAAACAAAAAUUAGCUAGUGAAAAAAAGGAAAAGAAAAAUGCUACCUCAACUGUGACAUCUGAAAAAAGUAAGGGCAAAGCAAAAACUGACAAAAAUGAAGAAAAACAAAAAACUGAUAAAAGAAAAGACAAAUCAAAAACUGAAUCAAGACCUUCUGGAUCAAAAACUAACACAGUUACGGUUUCUAAACCAAGCAAUCCAACAACAUUUAUGGCAAGGCAAGCUUCAAAUGACAAAACAUCUAAACCUAAACAAAAGGAAGUCAUAUUGCCAUCAAGGGUAGAAAGAGUACACAGAUUAUUAAGUAGUCCAAAGACCAAGUUGUACUGUCUUUUUCUGAAACAAACAAUUCCAUUAUUUGAUUCAUUUAACACAUUUCUACAGAGUGACAAACCUUUAAUCUAUGUAUUAAGGAGAGAAAUUCUUGCAUUACUAACUGACUUAUACACCAGAUUUGUGAAACCUUCAUCUAUCACAUCCACUAGUAAUCUGUUAAAAGUUAAUUACACUGAAAGGAAAAAUCAAAAAAGUAGGGAAGACCUUACCAUUGGAGCAGAAACCAGAAUUCACUUGAGACUGGUCAAACUCACUUCUGAAGAAGAAACAACUUUUUAUCAAUCCAUCAGAGAGUUUUUUAUGGCUGCUUGUGACUAUAUAAUAAAAAAACUUCCUGUAAAUGACCCUCUCUUACACCAUGCAGAAGUUGUAGAUGUAAAAGUAAGAUCAAAUCAAAAGUUCUGCUCAGUAGAAUAUUUUAUUGAUAAGUUGUCAAUGGCACUAGUAACUGAUACUGCAUCAGAUAAGAACAGCAUGAAAGAUCAACUAGAAGUCCAAUUUGCCCAUUAUCAAAUUGAGAAUCUUUCGCCUGACAUCACUGAAGCAGAGAGAAUUGACACUACUUGGAAUAUGAUUGCUAAGAUUAAGGGAACUGAUGGAAAACCAAAGUAUUCAGAACUGUCUAAACUAAUGCUUGGCAUACUAGUUAUCCCACACAGCAAUGCUGACAGUGAAAGAAUUUUCAGCCAAGUCAGAAAAAACAGAACUGAAACUCGGCCUAAUUUAUCAGUGUCAACUCUGUCUUCUUUGAUGGUUGUGAAAACUUAUAUGACCUCCACAGACAAGAAGUGUUAUGAACACACUUACACACCAAAACAAUUGAAAAGUGCUAAGUCAGCAACAUACCAGGCAUUACAGAAUUGACUGUCCAGUUCCAGAUUUUAAUUGACUGUUUUAUAUAUGUUUUAAGUUUGACAGUGUGAACUCAUAAAGGAUAAUGAACAAUGUACUUGUCACAUUAAAACAUUUAACUUUACUAUUCUUUUUAUAAAAUUACUUCCAACACCCAAGUUGAAGUAUUGUCAUUGAUAUAAGAUGUACUAAAAUCAAGGGACAUACAAAAUAUAUAAAUUAAAAGAACAUACCAGUAAACAUUAACAAAUUCCAAUAAACAAAAACAAUGGUACAAAAAUGUCAAUCAAAAUGUCUUUUAGAAACAAGACUAAUUAUGAACAACUUACGAAUGGAAUACAUACUACAGAUAACAUAUGUGAAGAGACAUGUUUUUGCACAUCUUUUUGCAUCAAUUCGUCAGUGUU